CAAAUUUUCUCGUCCUCCCCGCAAUUCUCGGAUUUUCCCUUUUUUAUGCUUCUUUCUCAAAACUUUCUUCUACAACAUUUUAUGAUUUUAUCCAUACUAGUGUGGGCCCCGACCAUUUGGCCGGAGGAAGGUGAGGUAUGAAAUUUGAUAAUGUAAUUGGGUGUAUAGUUUUUUUUGUAAACACGUGAUAAAAAUAGUGAAUUUUAGUAGGAAAGAGACAUGAAUGAUGCAACGAAUCAAAAAUCAGCCUUAUGAAACAAAAUCAAGUACCUGUUACCUUGUGAAACUAUAUUGUUUCUGGUAAUAUAAUGAGUUGGAGUAAGUUUUAUAUAAACCGAAUUCCAGAAAAUCGAAUAAAAAAUCGCCUAUCCCGCCGGUUUUCGAGAAAUGAGCAUCUCACAAUCGUUGCUAGCUUUUACUCGGUUCGUUAGCCGAUUAAUUUGCUUUAUAAAACUUUCAUCUUGUUGUAACAAUAAACAGAUUUGUAUGUUUUUGUAAGACUAUUGUACUGAUUUUGGGAUCUAAGGAAUUGGGAGGGAAAGGUAAUGGACAGCGAAGCCGAUGGAAUUUGCUGAUCAAAAUAAGGCGAUAAUUGGGGGAAAGGAAAUGAGUCUCCCCUUCAACGGACAUUUACCAGACGCUUUGGAAUUGGAAUGGAAUUCUCGGCCUGCACUACCUGACAUGAUCACCUCAUAUAAAAGUGAGCAUCUAACUGAGUAGCUUGCGGCCAGCCAUUGUACCUCUAUAUAUAUAUAUAUAUAUAUAUAUAUAUAUAUAUAUAUAUAUAUAUAUAUAUAUAUAUAUAUAUAUAUAUAUAUAUAUAUAUAUUAUAAACUAGCUUUUUAUCGGUCCGUUGGCCGGAAAGAUUUAUUUUAUAAUUUAUAUUAAUCAACUUAUUUAUAUGUCUAAAUCAUUUUUGAGUUUCUAAAUAUUUUGGGUUUUUGAUUCAUAACAGAGUUUGUAAUAUGUCUAUAUUGAAAAUUCCCAAUAUUUAGCAUACCUACUUGUGAUGCUUCGGUUUUCUAAUCAUAAAUGAUGUCACUGUCACGUCUCAUUUAGAACUUAUGUCAACAUUUGUCAACCAAAACACUAAUGUUUAGCAUACGCCAACCAGAACCCCCCCCCCCCCCACACACACAAUAUAAUAUAUAUAUAUAGUUCAACCUAGCGUGCACUAGGAGUACGCUAUACUCUUGCGUUCACACUACCAUACGACCAUUGAGUUUUACUAUUUAGACCCCAAACUAACCAAAGUUUUUUGGGGCAUGAUACUAUACCCUAACCUCUAAUAGGUUAACUCCAGUCCCAAAUUCUCUAACCUCUAAUUUAUGCACAUACUUCUUCAUACUUAUCUUCUAUCGUAUCUUUAGUAAAAUAAAAAGUAUAGUAUACCUUGAUAUUGGGGUGGCGUCUACGGUAUCCUGGGUGAAAUCUUAGGUACCGCAUACCUUAAGUAUGAAAAUGCUAUCGAGACCUCGAAUUAGCAGGAUUUUUUGACCGAAUAAUAUACUCUAACCCUUAAUGAGUGAAUCCUAGGUCCUAAUUAUCAAAAUUAUAAACUAUAAACCCUAAGAUGGUGCAUUCAAUUUUUGCCUAUAUUUGGACGAAUCAUAAUCGUCGAUCAUUGUUUCUAAUUAAGUUGAUUUUAGGGUAUAAGAUUUAGAGAAUUAAAACCUAGAUUUUGAUAUCUAAGGGUUGGAGUAUAGUAUCAUGUCUGAAAGAUCAGUCAAUUCAAGGUCUGGAUAACGUUUUCAUACUCAAGGUAUGCGGUACCCUGAAUUUCACGCUAGGUACCAUAGAACUCACCCCUUGAUAUUAUAUAUAUGUAUGUGUGUGUAUCUAUAGUGGACUAAAAAAUAUCCAGAUACUUCAUCAGACCUAUAUCCUAUCUCGCGUAAUACUCAUAUUAAAAGAAUAAAAGUGCUACUUGCCUAUCCCCCACCCCCGGGAUAGAGAUCUCGCUUUUACCCCCAUAACGUCAGACAACCAUUGGGGUUGUCUAUCGUUCGAUAUGUAAUAUAUAAAGAGGCAAAUCCUAAGAUUAUGCUAUUUAUUUCUUAUCCUCUCCCACAUCCCCCUUUAUGAAGAAUAAAAGGGUAGGGAUGACAGGAUCAUAGCUCGAUAUGGUUUUAUUCUGUUCAUCGUAUCAGAGUUUUUUUUUCUUUGCUAUUUUUGGGCUUCUUUUCAUUCCUCUUUAGCACCUAUGGUUGUGAUCAUAGGUAUUUAGUCCCCGAAAGGGAUUGGGAUUUUUGGUUAUUUCGAAAUCCAAUACACAUUCAUGAUCCUCGAGUUUGGACGAACUCUCGACCAAUGUUGUAAAGAUACUUUCAUUAUUGGAUCAAUUUAUUCAACCAUAUCGAAACUUGACACACACUGUAGCCCUCAUGAUGAUUAAAUUCUCUAAUCUCGACUCAUUCCAUUUUGGAUGUUAGUUUUUUUAUCAAGACACUUAAAUUUAGUAUAUUAUACAAUAGUAUCAAUUGUUAAUUCUUGACAUUUAGACUAAAGCGUAAUUCCAAUGUCUUUUCAAGAAUGGCGUGAAGCUUUGGUUUGGCUGUGUAAAGCCAGUUCAGUUCUCCUCGGCAAUGAUUCAAUGCUUUCCUGGCCUGUGUUCAAAGGCAUCUCAACCCAUGGUCAUUGUUUAUAAGUUGGCUUAGAAUCUCAAUCUAAAACACUUACACAUACUAUAGAGGUUUUUGGUCUUAACAUGGUCGUUGAAUGUGUAAUUUUCAAAGAUUUUAUCACUUAUAUAUUAAUAAUUGAUAAAGAGUGUCUACAAUACACACAUAUUUCAAGUGCAUUUAAAAUGUCUUAUCAUUUGAACAAUAUCGGUGGAUUUCAUUUGAUUAUCUACAUUAACUUAAUUAUCUUAUACAACAUAUAUCAAUUCGUAUUCUUGAGUUUGGAGGAACUGACAACCAAUUUUGAGAGUUGAGAUGAUUGGAUAAAGAUAAUUGAUUGUUGGAUAAAUAUGUUUAUUCCCAUUGACUAUCUUACUAAAAAUUGUCAACCUAUAUUUGCUAAAUGCCUAGGUUAUUAGUUGAUGAAUCUUCCUCUUCAUUUGAGGAGUUUAAGAUAGAACAUGAUCUGAAUGAAUAAGAAGUCUUUUUUAAAUAAAUAACUGUAACUACUCGAUCAAGAUUAUACUCUAACAUUUUGCUAAAUAAUAAUUUUUUUAUUUUAUAAAUAUAUACUUUACGAAUAAGUGAGUGUUUCAUUGCAACAAAAUAUAAAGUAAUACAGUUUAUUUUUCAAAGUUAAUUGAAUGUCAAAUAUUUAUUUUCUCUCUUUUCAUAUAUUUUGUUUAAUCGAUAAAAACAUUAUUAUUUAUGUGUAUGUUUGUUUAAUUUUUUCAUCAAAAUUAAACUUAUCAUUCAAUUUUAGUAAAAAUGAGUAGAAAAUUUACUUCAUAAAGUUUAAUCAUAUAUUUUUUAUUUGAACAAAUGUGAUAUGUGUCACUCUCUAUUUUCUUAUUUAUAUUUUAUUUACUUGAUAAAAAAUUAUUAUUUAUGUGUGUUUGGUUAAUUUUAUCAACAUGUAACUUAUUAUUAAAGCAAAAUAAUAAAAAAAUGGAUAAAAUAAAAAGAAUAAUUGGAUAAAAGAAAAUGAAAUAUUAAAGAAGAGAGAGGUACGUAGCUCCAUUAAUACAUUAAUAUCUAAUUUUUUUGUUUGUAAAAAAGUUGUCUAACUUGACAAAUUGUGGAUCCUCCAAGUGCUUAUGUAGCAAGAGAUUGGUUUUGAAUUGUCAUAAUAUAUAUAUAUGGUGGCGUAUUCGGUGCACCCACUUUUUCGGGUGCACUCAGUGCACCCGCCUCAUAAUUAUCAUUCUGAGCAUGCGAUUCAUAUCAAAACGGUAUCAAUUGUAGCUUAUGAUAUUAUGAACAAGAAGCACAUAAAUUUGAAAAAAAUUCAUUCCAAAUUCACUUUAAUUCGAAGGAUUUAGGAUUAGGGAUUUAGGGUUAGGGUUUAGGUUUACAAUUUGGGAUUUUGGGUUGGGAUUCAAAAUUGAAGGUUAAGGGGAUAGGGUAAUGGAUUGAUUUGUUAUGAUUCUAUGUCAUAUCAUCAUAUUAUAUUGAGAGUACUAAUUAAAGUUCAAAAUCGAUGUAUUAUGGACGCUUUUAGAGUUGGGUGCACUGAGUGCACCCAAAAAAGUGAGUGCACCGAAGUAGCCACCAUAUAUAUAUAUAUAUAUAUAUAUAUAUAUAUAUAUAGAUAGAUAGAUAUAGAUAUAGAUAGAUAUAUAAAAUAGAUGGUCAAUAUUGUCACACGCUCUACUUAUCCUAUGUUUAGCAAGCUGUGUGGAUCAUGAAUUAAUUGCGAUUUAGGUCAUAUGAUAUAAUAUCCAAAUUUUUAGUGAGUGAACCGCAUACUCUAAUUUUCGAAACCCAAACUAUAAACCAAGUAGUGUAGAUAGAAUUUUAUACAUGGUGGUUUGAUUUUUUUUAAUUCCACUAUUUUAAUUUUGGACUUAUUACCAUAUCACAAAGCCCGAAUUGUAGGCUCGUAUUUCGAAAAAAUCAAGACACAUUCAUAUGAUACUCAUAUCAAUAUAAACUAUCAUAUACUCAUUCAUUAUUUUGUUUGUCAUUAAUUUUUGAAGAGUGUUUUUCAUGUAGCUUAUUGCAAAUAUAUUUUCUAUAAGUGCAGUGCAAGUUUCAAUAGGAAGAGGAUUUGGUAGAAGAAAGAGUAAUAAAAUUUAGAAUUUAAUAUUUGAAGGAUGAAUUUUUUAUUUAAUUUUAAUAUUAUUUAUGUAGAAAUUAAAAUGUAAUACCAAUAUAAACGUAAAAAAACUAAGUGCUGUUAUUUGAAGUUCAUAUAAAAUAACAAACCACCCACGGCGGCAAUUAGGCUGGAAGUUUGGUACCGGUAUUUGGGAUAUACCGAAUACCGUACCGAAUUUGUGUAUAUUUGGUAUUACCGAAUAUACGUAUUAUUUCUUGGAAUUGGGAUUGAGAUUGAAUUUCAAUUGUAAUUCGGUAUUAGGGAUUACGGGAUUGGAAUCGGUAUAUACCGAAAUACCGAUCAAUACCGAAAUAUAAGCUAGUGUAUAUUUUAUCCUGUCAACUAGACUCUCUCAUUCACUACUACACGAUCCUCAACCACCAAGAGUGUCAUUUAAUUAUACGUAGAUCAUUCCAUCUUUGUUUUACAACUCAGAAGUCCCCAUCCAACUCAAUUAUGAUUUUCCAAUUUAAGUCACUCUCAUCUCUCACCUAAUCACUUGUUCAUAACCCCAAAAAGCAAACACUAGUAUUAGUCGUCUCUCAGUCUCCAAUUCGUCAAAUUAAAGAUUACCAAUGACAAGAACUUGAGAUGUCACUCUCCUUCAUUCUCCUUAUCCAUAUCCUAGCUAUAGGCAAACUCAAGACUCUUCGCUUAGUCUCUUUGCUCUAAAUUAAACAAUCAAAUCUAAUUUAUAUAUUUAAUUAUUUAAUUCAAAUAUAAUUAAUUUGGUAUUCGAUAAUACCGAUUGGGAUACCGAAGUACCGAUUGGGAUACCGGAAUAUUUAGGGAUUGGGAUUGGGAUACCGAAAUUAUUUAGGGAUUGGGAUUGGGAUUGACUUUCGAAUGUAAUUCGGUAUUCAGGAUUUCGAUAUUUGGUAUUGGGAUACCGAUACCGUACCGAUUUCCACUCCUAGUGUCAAUAGUGUGUGCUAUGAGGCCCUCCAACUAGAGGGCCUCCAUGUAAAGUCUCUUAGGUACUCAAAAUAUAUUAGUGGCGGAGGGAGAGUGUGAGAGGGUGGGUCCCGGGACCCACCCUGGAUGGGAAGGAAAAUGGUUAAUUAGUUAUAAUAAUUGAUUUAUAUUGAAAACUAGGAGGUGUCUAAUUGAGAAUAGCUGAUCGAAAAGUCUUGUGUUCGAAUCAUGGCGACCUCAUUUAUUAAGCAAACGAUAUUCAGAUUUGUGCAAACUUCAAUUAUGUAUAAGCAGACUUUCUUAUGAGAGAGCGUGCUAGUAAAUUGUAUAAGAUAUAUAUUGAACCUCUCCCGAUAACUCGAGUUAUUGAUAUUGAAUGGUUCAAGACAAAGAACAUCAUUAAAAAAUGAGCAACUAACUAAGUCAUUAAUUAUUGUUUGGUACAAUUUCAUUAUUAAAACUCUCUCAACAACUCGAAUUAUUGAUACUAAAUGGUUCUUGAUAGAACACCAUUAAAAAAGAAUGACUAACUAAAACAUUAAUAGUUGUUUGGAACAUAGAGUGAUAUUCUUGAUAUUAAACGGUUCUUGACAAAGAACAACAUUCGAAAGAGAACGACUAACUAAAUCAUAAAUUCUUGAUAGUUUUGCCUACUAAUGUAUUUUAAUUUAUCAGAAUUCACCAAUAUAAGAUUAUAUCAUGAAUGACUAGCAAAGUUAUCAAAAAUUAUUUAAUUAUGUGUGUUUUUUUCUAAGCGGACCCACCUUAGACAAAAUUCUGGCUACGCCACGGUAUAUAAAUAUAUGUUUAACUUGUAGUAGUGUAUGACUAAUUGAUUAUGAGUAUGAUUAUGAGUUUAAAUCAGUUAAUUAUAGUUAGUGUUGAUCAUUUGUCAAUAUUCUCAUAUAUUUAGAUUAUCUUUUGAAAGUUUAAUCUAUGUCCUAGAAGGCUAAAAUGAUAGCCUUAAUGGAUUUGUUCUGAAGACCAUUGAAAAUGUAUAAUCUCCUAGAAAAUAUGCAAUUUUAAAAACUAAAAAGUCAUGGUAUUUGAAACCCUAGCAGGAAAGGCAAAAGGUUUUAAAUCACGAUUUAAUGAUAAUUUUCAUUUUACUAUGAAUAAAAUUAUUUCGAUAAUAUCUUCAGUCUAAAGCAUCACCUCACCUGUCCUCCACAUUUCAUCGCUGCAAACCACUCGUCUCUUUUUGCUGCAAAUUAAACCACCGAGUUUAGAGAGAUGAGAGUUUCUAGUGAGAGAAACGGUCGUCCGUGUGAGUUCCCCCUUGUGAGAAAGGUGAGAGCGAGCUCCUCUGUUAGGGGACGCCUUGAGAGUUUUCCUUCUUCUUUUUGCAGGUACCCAGCGUAUGGUGGAGAGGCACAAAGCGCUAUAUUGGGAAAGCAUCCUAGAGGAAUAGAGAUAGGCAACAAGCUCAUUUAUGUGAACACCAUUUCCGGGCGUGAUGGAGUUCUAGUCAAACUAUCUGUUGUGGAAAGAACUGGGAAAGUGUAUCAUGUGCUGUUCGAUUCUAGCCAAGCGGAGUGGAUGAUUAGCUCGCUCCAAACCGCCGAGCUGAAAGGUUGGGUGUUCCCAGCCUGUAACGUUAAGAGAAGUGGUGGCAGAGUCAUUCACUUGGGAAGGUUUGAGAACAGGAGGAGAAGCUUCCUAAAACUUUCGGAAUCCUUAUGGGCUAGGUGUACCUUCUUCGUGAUUAUCCCCUCGGAGAACAGCCAUGGUUGCUGGCGAUCUUUGACCAGUGUUGAGGGAAACGGUAACGUUUCCAUGUAGAUAGGUUAGAUAGGUUAUUGGUUCAUGGUUGAACCGGUCAGAUAGGUUAGGAGUUAACCAGUGUAUAGAUUAGUUGAGUUGUAAGAGUCAUAUAUAAAGGGAAAGAAUCCCUACUGUACAAACACGAUUUCCAGUUUAUUGAUUCAAUCUAUUGAGAAUUUGACAUGGUAUCAGAGCCAUCAGGGCGUUCUUGAUUCUUCUUUCGUUUCUUUGCAAAUUCCUUCGAUUCAUUCCUUUUCUGCAACAAUGGCGUUUGCCAAUCAGACCUCUGUCCCACCGCAACAGUCGAUUCCUUCGUCUAUUCCUCCGCUCCGCACUCCACCUCUGGUGAUCUCGAUCCCAAUAGUCCAUACUUCAUCCAUCUAGCUGAGAGUCUCAGCCAACAGUUGGUUUCUCCUGUUCUUGACGAAGCCAAUUACUCCACCUGGUAGCGCGCCAUGAUUCGAGCUCUAUCAACGAAGAACAAGCUGCAAUUCCUCGACGGCACCAUCGCGAAGCCUGCUCCUGGCGAUCCUCUCUUCCGUGCCUGGUCAAGAAAUAACACAUUGCUUCUUGGAUGGAUUCUUCGCUCUGUCUCUCCAUCGAUUGCCCUAGGGUUUCAAUGGUUUGAAGACGCUCUCCUGGUCUGGAAUGAGUUACGCGAACGCUUCUCUCGCGGUAACAAUUUUCGCAUCGCUGAGCUUCAAGAGGAUCUUUUCCGAUUCAAGCAAGGUUCGCAGUCUGUAAGUGCUUACUUCACACAGAUGACUACUUGGAUGCAUGAACUGGAUAACUUCUUGCCGAUUCCUCCUUGUCGAUGCAAUGGUCUGUGCAACUGUGGUUUGGCUAUAGUGCGUCAGAAUCACCAAAUCAACUAUGUGCUUAGGUUUGUUAGGGGACUCAAUGAUUCUUUUGCUGCUGCUCGGUCUCAGAUUAUGUUGAUGAACCCUAUGCCUAGCCUAAACCAAGCCUUUGCUAUGAUCAUUGAGCAAGAAAAACAGAAUCGCAUCUUAGCUCCACCUUCCUUGCCUGAUUCAAUGGCAAUGUACUCUAGAGGUUUCCCUCCUGGUAGGAAUCAGUCUUAUCCUCCUCCGAGAUCUCCUUAUCCCACUCCUAAUCCUUCCACUAAUCCUCAGCCGCCUCAUCCUGGUAGUAAUCGGCCAUUCUGCACUCAUUGCCACUCUUAUGGUCACACUGUUGACAAAUGCUACAAACUCCAUGGUUUUCCUCCUGGGUACAAAGGGAAGGCCAAAGCUCAUUGUGUAUCCACAGAGGAUGGUUCUUCUGAUGACUCCACACAUCCAGUUCAUCCUGCCAUUCCAUUCCAGCCUCAAGAAUGGAAUCAAAUCCAAGAGACUUACCAGAAGAUGACUCAGUUUAUGCAGUCCCAGUACUUCCAACAACAGUCUCCUUACUCUGAUAUGGCUCAGGCUUCUACUUCUGCUCAGCCUCAUCCUAACUACAGCACUCCAACUUCUACUUCUGAGUUUCCAGUCUCUCGUGGACUUCCUUCUGCAAGUCAGGCUUGUUCCACACUACUCUUGCUCCUCCCACACCAUCAGGUACAGUUUCUGUUAUCCAAUCCUCUUGUAUUUUAGUUAAUACAUCGCCUAAAUGGAUACUUGAUACGGGCGCCACUGAUCAUAUAGUUAGUUCCCUAGAAUAUCUUGAUAACUAUAGGUCUGUUUCCCCAGCAUAUGUUUAUCUUCCUAAUGGAGAUAAAGCUUUAAUUACCCAUAUAGGACAGUGUCGUGUUUUUCCUUCUCUUCCUUUACACGAUGUUCUUCUUGUUCUUAGUUUUACAUUCAACUUAAUCUCUGUAAGCAAGUUGGCAGCCAAGGUAGCACUUGGACUGACCUUUGCUCGUUCCCACUGCCUCCUACAGGACCUUCAGUCACUGAGGACGAUUGGUAUAGCUAAUCUCCGAGAUGGCUUCUACCAACUGGAUCCUCAUGCUGAUGGAUUGUCACCUUCACAUUUUUCCAACUCUGUUCAGAGCCCUUCUACCUCACAAACCAGCAUUGAUCUCUGGCACUAUCGUUUAGGACAUCUUCCCUAUACCAAGUUUUCACUCUUGCAUUCCAUAGAUCCUGUUAUUACUAUGAAUAAGCAUUUUCAUUGUUCUGUAUGUCCCUGUGCAAAACAGAAACGAUUGUCCUUUCCUAUUAGUCAAACUGUAUCUGCUCACUGUUUUGACCUUCUACAUAUUGAUAUAUGGGGUGCUGCUUCCAUUACUUCUAAUUCUGGUCAUCUCUAUUUCCUAACAGUAGUCGAUGAUUGUUCUAGACAUACAUGGUUGUUUCUGAUGAAAUCAAAAUCAGAAGUUAGACCUUUGUUAAAAUCUUUCUACACAUUCGUUUUGACUCAAUAUGACAAGAAAAUUAAGUCUAUACGAACUGAUAAUGGACAAGAAUUCUUGUAUAAUGAUUUUUACACUGAACAUGGCAUUUUUCAUCAACGUACUUGUGUUCAAACAUCCCAACAAAAUGGAAUUGUAGAACGAAAACACCAGCAUUUACUUGCCAUGACACGAGCAUUACUUUUUCAAUCUUCUCUUCCUUCUACUUAUUGGAAUCAUGCUGUGAGUCAUUCUGUUCAUAUUAUUAAUCGUCUUCCUUCUCCACUCUUAGCCAAUAAGAGUCCUUAUGAAUUACUCCAUGCUAAGUCACCUAGUUAUUCUCAUCUUAGGGUGUUUGGUUCUCUGUGCUAUGCUUCCACAUUAUCACACAAUAGAUCCAAGUUAGCUCCACGAGCUACUCCUAGUGUUUUCCUAGGUUAUGUUCCAGGAACAAAAGGCUAUAAGCUUCUCAAUAUUCAAACUAAAGAAGUUUUUGUAUCUCGUGAUGUCACAUUUUAUGAGAAUAUUUUUCCUUUUGCUUCUCCCCAUCUUACUGCUCCCUCUCCCCUUUCCACUACUCCCACUGAUCUUUCCACCAUCAUUUCUUUUGACACACCCCUUCAUUUACACACUAGUACCCCUUCCCCUCCACCUACUGUUGACAUCAUUCCCCAACCAUCACCCACCCUUACCUCUUCACCAGCAGACCCUCACACAACAUAUCACCAACCAGCACAACCACAGCCACGCAGAUCCACUAGACAAAGUCACCCUCCAUCAUACCUAUCCAAUUAUCACCAUAAUCUCUGAAUGUCAAAUUUUUAUUUUCUCUCUUUUCAUAUAUAUAUUUUGUUUAAUUGAUAAAAAUUUAUUGUUUAUGUGUAUGUUUGUUUAAUUUUUUUUAUCAAAAUGUAACUUAUCAUUCAAUUUACUAAAAAUAAGUAGAAAAUUUUCUUCAUAAGAUUUAAUCAGAUAUUUUUUUAUUUAAAUGAAUAUGAUAUAUAUCACUCUCUGUUUUCUUAUUUAUAUCUUGUUUACUUGACAAAAAAAAUAUUAUUUAUGUGUUUUUUAUUAAUUUAUUAAAAUUUAACUUAUUAUUAAAGAAAAAAAAAGAAUAAUGGGAUAAAUGGAAAAGAAUAAUUGGAUAAAAUAAAUGAAAAUAUUAAAUAAGAUCAAAAUGU